AUACAAUUUAUCUAUAUAGGAUUACCAUACUUUAGAGGAGACAUGUUCAAUGGCAGAUUCUAAUAAAAUAAGCAUUAUCGAUGAAUAUUUCAGUCAUUGCAUGACUUUAAAGAUUUCAAAAUCUCCAGGUGAACGAGCGUAUGGCAAAGUCUAUACCUGUAAUUGCAGAAAAUUUCAACAUGUAACUAGCGUACUUUAAUUAACACAACUUCAAUAGACUGUGUAUAGGAACUUCAGUAGUAUUUAAAUUCGAUAAGUAUUUAUUUUUCGGCUUUUUGAAAUUGACUGUAGUUAAAUAGGUAAGCUACCAGAGUACAGGAAUAUUGACAUAAGUAAGAUUGUACACUGAUGUCAUAUAGAUGAUAAAUAAUGCCGUUAAGGAAAGAGGAAACGAUAAUAGAGAGCAAGGGAUUCAUUCGGUACCAGAAGGGACCAGUUUCAUUAGAGUCAGAGAGACGCAAAGCUAUAAUUCUCGUGGAGGAAGUAGAGAAAAUUGUCAGCCAUUUUAAAAACAAGUGGUUGAAAGAGGCAACAGACGACCAUGUUGAUUCGUGGAUUGACCUUAUUGCACUCGCUAAAGAGCAUGCCGGGAUGCCAAAGUGUAAAACUGUCGAGGAGUUUGGACAAGAACUAACUAAAAUCCGAAAACAUGAAGCCAUGUCUGAAAAUAAAAUAUUAUUAAAUGAUAUGUUGAAAAUUGCAGAAAGAGCUAAAAUGUUUGAUGGAAUGAUCCCAGACAUUCACAAUAAAUUACAAAGAGCAUUUGAAAGGGUAUCCAAGUAUUGUAUUAGUUUUUCGUUAGAAUCUGAAAAUCAGGACAUUAGAGCAAUUCAGGAUUAUGAAAAUAAUAUACUGAAAUGGGAAGAGGAUAUUCCGAAUGGGUUAGCAGAAGUUAACAGAAAAUACCAUGAUUACUUGGAAGCAAAGAACAUUUCAAUGGAAUCUUAUAUAGAGACGUAUGGAAAUAUACUUCAUAAUAUGACUUACACACUCGAAUCUCUUCCAAAAAUAUGUGAGCCUAUGAGAGACUGGGUGCUAGCAGACGAAACUUAUCCAAGAAAAAUUAUGCAGGAAAUAAGAAAAAUUGAGAAGAAGAAAGAAGAAGUUUCCGAAUCACAUCGGAGACAGUUUAACCGGAAGAAUGAAGAUAGUUCCCGUGUUCAGAGAACGAUUUAUAAUUCGAAGAAAGUCAAGGACCAGUUACAAAAUGCAAUGUAUGAACGUAAACAAUGUCGUAAAAGGGAAAUGGCGGUACAAGACAAUAUUGAUAUUAUCCGAGAGGACAUGGACGAAAAAAAGAAAGAGUUAGAUGAAACUCUUAAACAACUAAAUAACAGAAAAUCAAAUUCUCCUACAUUAUUCGACGUUUUAUCUGCGAAAGUUGAUAUCUUGCACGACGAAAUACAAACAUUGGAAAAUCAGAUGAAACUUUAUAGAAGAAACAUGAGUAGAAUGAAAGAAGAUCGUUUGAGAGUUCAAAAAGAUAUUCAUACAUGUAAGAAAGUGCACGAAAAAACUUUAAAAGAUACCCAGAAAGUAUAUGAAGUACUCGAACGAGAGGAACACAAUGCUAAACGUUUGUCAGACCAAGACGCAGUGUUAGCAGCGCGAAUCAAAGCUGCUUAUCGAGUUAGACAGAUAAAACUUCAUCCAUUGACAGUGAAAAAAAUUUACCUCGGCGGAUAUGUUCCAGGUCAAAUGAAUGGAGUUACAGAUCAUUUGUCUGAAGCUCUCAGGGUAACAGCAGCAGAAGUUGGUAAAAAUUGGACGACACUUUACCGGAAGUUGCCAUUUAAUCCACCACGAGACAAGUCAAAUAUUGACUAUGACAUCGAAGCAAUAGACUGGACUCGAUCAACAAACACAGAGUACAAAGACCUAGCCUACAAAGGCCUUGAGAAAUGGAGAAAACUUAGCAACAAAGCUUCUACUAACGCACUUAUAAGGACCUUAAAUAGUAUGAAGAAACAGUCAAUAGCUCAACAGUUACAAAGGACAGUCAUUAUAACAUGACGAAAAAGGGACUAUAUAGUUCCAUACUAACAUGAUGUGCUUUAGUAUACUAUAUAUCUUAAAUAGUAAUGUAUGAAACAACAGUCAGUAUCCUAACAGUUACAAAGACUUGCCAUUAUAACAUGACAAAAGGCAUUUUUUCUAUGUUAACAUGAUGAGCUUUAUUAUAUCAUAUAUCUUAAAUAGUAUGAAAAACAGUUACCAAGAACUGUCAUUAUAACAUGACAAAAGGCAUUUCUUUUAUGUUAACACGAUGUGAUUUAUUAUAAUAUAUAUCGUAAAUAGUAUAAAACACAGUCAGUAUCUCAACAGUUACAAAGAACUGCCAUCAUAGCACGACAAAAAGGCAUUACUUCCAUAUUAACACGAUGUGCUUUAUUAUAAAAGAGGGACGAAAGAUACUAGAGGGACAUAUGAAAAAACAGUCAGUAUCUCAACAGUUACAAAUAACUGUUAUUCUAACAUAACGUCCUUUAAACGCUUUGAGUACACUCCCGUGGUAAAAUAUGAAUAUAUUUUCUGGGCUGUUCCGCUAGUACUCUCACGUAAUAUGUUUUUUUUAUGAAUGUGCUUUCCGACGUCAUAAAAUAAUAUAAACAUUUCACGGGAAAAUACAGGCUUGUUAAACCGAAUAUCAUCACAACAAGGAAACGUAAACAAACGAUGCUAAAAUGUGUUAUAAUUUACAAUCUUCCAAACCUAUAUAAGUAAUACGUUAUUGUAAAUAGUUAAAGCAUGUCACUUAUUCAGUUUGCUUCGUUCUUUUACAUCAAUUUAAUAGUGCGUUUGUUGACGGGAACGGCAAAUAAUGCCUUUACUUAGAGCGCUUCGAUAUUCCAAAAAAUGCCGUAUUUGUCUUAUUAGAAUCGAAAUAAUUCAUAGGGGCUUGAUAAUAUCGUUAUUAUGCCACGGGUUGUCCCUUGAUGCCGACAUUUUACCCCUCGCUAUCGCUCAGGGGUAAUAUAUUUUGCAGAAAGGGCCAACCCGUGGUAAAAUCACGAUAUAUUCAAGCCCCCAUGAAUUAUUUCUUAACUAUAAUAUAUAUCUUUAAUAAUAUAAAAAAACAGUCAGUAUCUCAACAGUUACAAAUAACUGUCAUUAUAACAUGACAAACAGCAAUUAUAUAGUUCUAUAUUAACACGAUAGGCUUUAUUAUAAUAUAUAUCUUAAAUUAAAAAAAAAAACAGUUCCAAAGAACUGUCAGUAUUACUUGACAAAAGGCAUGUCUUCUAUGUUAUCACGAUGUGCUUUAUUAUACUGUAUAUCUUAAAUUAUAUGAAAAAAACAGUCAGUAUCUCAACAGUUACAAAGAACUGUCAUUAUAACUUGACAAAAGGCGUGUCUUCUUUGUUAUCACGAUAUGCUUUAUUAUGCUUUAAAUUACGUUAACUAGACCUUCGGGUGUGGGAAUUUCUCGCUGCGUCAGUAAAGACCCAUAGGUGGUAUUCGGCUGUUGUCUUCUGUUUUGUCGGGUUGUUGUCUCUUUGUCAUAUUCCCUAUUUCCAUUCUCAAUUUUACUUACUAUUGUUUGUAGAAUGCUUUAAUCCCUGUUUUACAUUUGUGAUUUAAAAGAAUACCAGGCGUCUUUCAUAUAGACAUGUAUCCAGAAUUUCGACUAAUAUACUACGUAUCAUUAUGCAUAACCAUAUAUCUACAGUUAUAUUAAAUGAAGUUGUGUUUAUGCAUAACUAA